AUGGAGAGAGUUAGAAAUGAGAGUGAAGAUGUUGUACCAAUGAGGGUUCCUAAUGGCAAUGGGAGUCACUUUUUUGUACCGAGGUGCUUCAGAUUCACUCCCGAGGAUGAAGAACUAGUUUCAGAUUUUCUCCACCGCAAAUGCAACUCACUUCCAUUGAUGAUAGAUGUGAUUGCUGAUGUUGAUAUAUACAAGUUCAAUCCGUGGGAGCUCUCUGACAUGUCCAAAUACGGUGAGAAUGAUUGGUACUUCUUCACCCCUAGGGAACGAAAGUACCCUAAUAGUGCAUGUGAGUGGCUCAACCGUUCAGCUGGAAUAGGUUUUUGGAAGACAACUGGACCCGAAAAGAUUAUUGGAAACACAAUCCAAGGUAUCAAAAGGUCAUUGGUUUUUUAUGUAGGAAGAUAUCCUCAGGCGAACAAGACCAAUUGGAUUAUGAAAGAAUAUCGUCUACCCCGUGAAAAUCGAGUUAUCCCUAGUUGCAUCUCUUCUAAGCUUGAUGAAGUGGUGUUGGUUCGAAUCUAUAAUAAGACGGGUCUCAAUGAGAUUUGCUUCCCGCCCGAGAGAAACCGAGCAUCAACAUUGGCCCCAUCCAAUUCUAGGUUUGCGAGUUUCGGAACAACCCUUGAUGAUGAUGCUCAGAACAAGGUCCCCAGGGAGAAGCCAUGGACUAACGACCCUCACUACUUUAAGUUUGUCAAGAUCUCCGCACCCACUCUUUUGAAGAUGGUUGUCCACGCCCGCUCCGGCGGCACCAUCGAGAUCAUGGGCUUUAUGCAAGGGAAGACUUACGGAGACACCAUCAUAGUCAUGGAUUCUUGCGCUCUCCCCGUUGAAGGCACAGAGACGAGGGUUACUGCCCAGGAGGACGCUUAUGAGUACAUUGUCGAAUAUUCCCAAAUGAUCAAGUAG